UAAAUGAAGAUUUGGCACAUAUUUCAUUAGAAAUCUUGUACUCUAAGAGAUGAAUCACUUGUUUAUUUACAUUCAGAUUCAUUGAUUUUUUUGUCUGAUUGGAAUACUGGGGAAAUUGUGUAUUGGUUUUAAAGAUGAAAGGGCUUGUUAAUUACAUCAUUGACUGUGUAAGUCUUUGACUCAGAAGCAGAUAUUGAUUACCCUCACCUUUGUUAUGAUAAUGGAAUAGUCUGAACUUUGAUGUGGGAUAAACCAUAUGUCUUUGAGUGGGUGUGUGUGUUUCAUAUGUCAUAUCUCACAAAAUCUCACCAAUUUAGAAGUACAGAUCAAACAUGCUUUUAUUUUCACUAUACUGGAAUAAUAAAUGAUGCAGUUAUUAUUGGAAAAUAUUUGUGAUUGUUUUUGGUGGCAGAUGCAUUCUUUCCAAUAGUAAAAUUUAAUGGAAUUGGGAUAUAAUUUUUUCACACACUGGAUGUUGAAAAAUUAUGUAGAUGCCUAGUUUCGUUAUUUACUCAGGAAGUUGGGGAAAGAAAGCAAAUGUGGAUAAUAUUUUGUUGAUAUUUCAAGAUAAAUUGGAUGUUUAUUGUUAAAAGAAAUGAUAUGUGCCUUCUGUAUUAACACAAGCUCAAAGAUAACGGUGGAUUUAUUGCUUUUAUAGUUCCAGUUAAUUGUCAUCUAGUAUUUUAUGGAAACACAUGGUAAUCUUAGAACUGUGGUAUUUUAUUCGCAAUUACAAGAAAAAAGGAAUUUUGAGAACAAAUUCAAUUGGAAGUGAAAAAUUGAAUUGAAGGCAUAAGUUUGUAUCUUAGAUCUAUGGUAUUUUAUUCUUAAUUACAAGAAAAAAGGGAAUUUUGAGAGUAAAUUCACUCAAAAUUUGGAAGUGAUAGAAAAAUAAGAAAUUAAGGCAAAAGUUUGUAUUCUGAUGUGUAUGUGCUAGGAUAUAGAUGAAAGAUAUUUUUGAGAACAAAUUCAAUUGGAAGUGAUCGAAAAAUCAAAAAUUUAAGGCAAAGUUUUUACUUGGAUGUGUGUGUGUGUAUUAGUUUCAGUUUUACCAAAGGAAUUUACAUGAAGUAUUUACGCCACAUUAGAUAAUUGACAUGUCCGAUGAUUUUUACCUAUCACUAGAUGAAAUAACCGAAGAAGAUAUCAUUAUAGGUGAUGAUGAUGAGGAGGAGGAUGUUUCACCCAAUGACAAUCUUACAUUUUCUGCCUUCAAACAACAACAGUCAAAGAUGGCAGAAAAAACAGAGCAACGAAAACCUGAUGAGGAACCGAGACAAAACGAGACCAAACAGACUGUAAAAGGAAUGUCCACCAAUGAUAUAUUAAUGCUAGCGUUGCAGGAAUUACACAAUGAAAGAGGCAGUUUAUUGAGAGAUUUAGAUGAAGAAGACCGACACAGAAAGUGGUAUUUUGAACAACUAGAAAACAUUCGUCGUAAAGUGGACUCCCUACCUUCUGAUUUGCAUAAUAGACAGUUAGACCUAACGAGAAGACAGUACCAGUUAGAGGCUAAGAAGGUACGGGACACGUUUGAGGAGACCCUCGGUACGAAUGAACAGAUAAUACAGAGACAAGAGGCUCGUCUACAGAGAGUGAGGAUUAUAGAGGAGGAGAUUAUGAGGUUACACAGUCAGCAACAAAGAUCUCGGCAACAACAGAUGCAGUUAUCUAAUAUGUCAGAGUCUAUAGAUAAAGAUCAAUCAGAAGAUGUGUAUAACCAGGAACCAGAACAAGAUCAAGAGGAAGUAGAUAAUAUCUCCAUAGCAAUACAGACAGCUGACUUAACGACUGAUGAAGCUGCUGACGCCACCAUUAUUGACCCUGAUGCUAGUUUUAAUGUAUCUUCUCUUUACCAUGGUGCAUGGCCAAUCAGCCCUCUCAAAAAAGACUCUAGAGAAAACAGUAUCCAAGGUAUUUCACAACAACAACAACAGCAGGACAGUGCUAGUAUUAUGUCCUUCAACUCUACAAAUACAAAUAACUCCCAGAAUUCCAAGUUACCAAAUAAACCUCAUCCUCCUUCUGUUGGAGAACCACCUGAGGAAUUGAAUGGAGCUACAGGCCAACCACAACCGUUUGGAACUAAGGUUGAAAUGGUGUAUUCCCUGUUGAGUAUGCUAGGUACACAUGACAAAGAUGAUAUGAGUCGUACAUUAUUAGCCAUGUCUAGUUCACAGGACAGUUGUAUAGCCAUGAGACAAUCAGGUUGCAUGCCACUUCUGAUCCAGCUUCUCCAUGGCAGUGAUAAAGACUCUGCCUUACUUGGGAACACCAGGGGGAGUAAAGAAGCACGAGCAAGGGCGGCUGCAGCAUUACAUAACAUUGUACACUCCCAUCCUGAUGACAAACGUGGACGGAGGGAGGCUAGGGUGCUCCGAUUACUGGAGCAACUUAGAGCACACUGUGAUCAGCUGAGAGAUAGUCUGGAUGAAGAUGAUGAGGGAAAACAAAAACCAGCUCCUAGAACGGGUGACAUGGAGCACCAUCCUGGUCCUGCUGUAGCGGCUCUGAUGAAGUUGUCAUUUGAUGAGGAACAUCGUCAUGCUAUCUGUUGUUUAGGUGGCGUACAAGCAAUAGCUGACCUAAUUGAAGUUGAUCAGCUGACUCACGGUCAUACAACAGAACAAUACAACAUAACAUUACGUCGUUACGGCUGUAUGGCGCUGACAAAUCUAACAUUCGGGGAUGGAACAAAUAAAGCUCUUCUCUGCUCAAUGCAUGGAUUCAUGGAAGGACUUGUUGAACAAUUAAAAUCUAGUUGUGAAGAUUUGGUACAAGUUGCCGCAAGCGUCUUACGGAAUCUGUCAUGGAAGGCUGAUUUAGCUAGCAAAAAAUCGUUACGGCAUGUUGGUGCAGCAACGACUCUAAUGAGAGCUUCAAUGGUUGUGAAAAAGGAAGCCACGUUAAAAAGUAUUCUUAGUGCUCUUUGGAACUUGUCUGCUCACGGUAGUGAAAACAAAGCAGAAAUAUGUGCCGUAGAAGGUUCUUUGGAAUUUCUAGUCAAAACAUUAACAUACAAAAGUCCGUCCAAAACUACUGCUGUCAUAGAGAAUGGAGGUGGUGUUUUGAGGAACAUUUCAAGUCAUAUUACUGUGCGUGAGGACUAUCGAUUAAUUCUACGGCAACAGAACUGUUUACCACUAUUACUGCGACAGUUACGAUCGGCUAGUUUAACAAUUGUUAGCAAUGCUUGUGGCACAUUGUGGAAUUUAUCGGCACGUUGUGUUGAAGAUCAGAAGGCAUUAUGGGAUAUGGGUGCUGUCAGCAUGUUAAAAAAUCUAGUGAACUCUAAACAUCAAAUGAUUGCUAUGGGAAGUUCGGCAGCAUUGAAAAAUUUGGUCGCUGCUUUUCCGUCGAUCAAAAGUAUGAACAUGGACUUAAAACAAAACAUGAACAGACCAAUGCUACAUGUGAGAAAACAAAGAGCACUUGAAGAAAGUAUUGACCAGAAUCUGUCAGAAACUUGUGACAAUAAUGAAAGUCCUCGGGACAGCCCUACUGAUACAAGUCAAGGAGAUAAGGACCAAUCACACUUUAGAUUUCCUGUCAAUCAAAAUGUCAACCAAAGUGACGACGUUGACGGAGGUUUACCGAGAGGUCCUGUAUAUCAACACAGUAAUAGUGGGGAAAAUUCACCUAGAUCUGACAGUAGGCUAUUGUCUCCAAAACGUGUGGCUAGAUCCGGGAGUCAGGACAGUGUUGGAAGUACACAUUCAGAUAUAUCUCACGACAGGUUACGAUAUCAUGGUAUCAAACAAUUACAGGACCAUCAUGGUGGAAGUUUGGAUCGUAACACGGGACAGAGACAAAAUGUUCCGCCAGAAAAUUCUCAGCUCAAAAAUCCUAAUAGUAGAAUAGCACAGACAAUGAAAGAAGUGGAAGUUCAGAGAUUGUUGGAAAGUAAUAUGAAUCAACAGGCUAUUGUCAAUCCCCAAGCCUCAAAAGCAGACGGACAAUUCUCACUUCCACAUGCCUUACUUUAUCGUAGCUUUAAUACACCAUCUAGUGGUAACCAGCAAGUUGUCAUGAUGAACUAUGGCAACAAUCCUAUUUAUGGUAUGUCACCGACUGGCAACAUGAUAUACAAUGCUCAGUCAUCGUCAGAUGAGGACAACGAUCAACCAAUAGAUUAUAGCAUGAAGUACACCGAUGUUCAGAACACACCUUCUCCACCGACCAUCCGACCUCAGCUACCUCCUGCUCCCAGACAUGCCUUCGUGAGACCUGCAUCAGAUCAACAUGUUAACAUGGGACCAAGGAUGCCUAUGAAUCAUUCAUUUUCGGGGCAGCCAUCAUUUAACCGUUUUGGCUUCCAACAACAAGUACGAAUGAUGUCACCCAGUUUCCCACCACCUCAAGUUAUGAUGAAGAUGUCGUCAUCCUAUACAGAAACUGAUCUUGACCAUGAUGACCAACCGACUGAUUUCUCCGUACGAUAUGCUGAAAACCAUGACGAACCUUACAAUGGAAAGCAAAGAGGUUAUGAACCAGAAAGGUCAAGAUCUUAUGAACCUAGAGAACAGGACCCAUACAAAAACUGUGCAGAUUGUAAGUUAGAAGAGGCAAGAUGGAUGAAUGAUCGUAUAGAAGAAAUGCAUUGUAACGAAGAUCAAGUCACGACAUUUUACACCGAAGGCACACCAAGAUAUUAUUUGUCAAUGGCGAAUUCCUUGACUGAUCUAUCAAAACCUGUUCAUGAUCAUGACCAUGACCAUAAUGACACGGAGGAUGGACAGAUGAAGGAAGAGCCCACGGAUUAUAGUUCUCAGGCUGAUGAUAAACAAAGUGGUUCUGGAUCAGAGAAACGAAGUGGAUCUGGUAGCCUGAACACAGACCAUAAUACUGGUUCAACUGUUAUCCCCAGAUACAGUCGUAAUGAUGAGGACAAGGAAAUGAGUCCAGACAGCAGCAGAGAUGAAGAGAAUGACAUCCAGCAGUCAUUCCAUGCUCCAGAUGAUGAUGAUACAGCCGAAGACCAAAUUAAGACUUAUUGUGAAGAAGGCACACCUAUCUGUUUCUCACGUGUCAGUUCAUUGAGUAGUUUACACAGCAGUGAGGCUCACGAUCGAGGUGAUAAAACUCCAACAACAGGAGUCUCCAAUCUACAAAGUAUUAAUGAGCAGGAUGAUACUCCUCAGAAAAAAACAAUGUGUGCGCCAAAAUAUACUCCUAUUACAGGAAGGCAGAAAUUAAUGAGCGAUUCAGACAGUACAGAGUGUUCGGAAAAAGAACGUAAAACUGUAACAUUUGAUGAUAGUCACCAUGUGGAGGAUACUCCAUUGAUGUUUUCUAGGUGCAGUUCUCCAGACUCAUUGACGAGUUUUGAUGGUCACUCUGUCCAUAGUUCUGUAGUAAGUGAAUAUAGUCGCAGAGCUAGCGAAGUUGUCUCCCCUAGUGAACUGCCAGAUUCACCAAGUGAAAGUAUGCCUGGAAGUCCGAACCCUGAACAAGAACAAGACAAGGGAUCAGAUGCUGGUAGCAAACAGAGUGACUUCCCUUCCCUGCCCAAACAGUUCACAAGCAUGCUGGGAAGGAAUGUUCAAAUGGUCCGACCUCUUCCUCCUGGUCCUCAGAACCCAAUUAAACGAAUUCCAAUGGACACUGCCUCAACUGUAAGCAAAGAUGAACCACCAAGAAUUUACGCUGAUGAAGGCACCCCGCCAUAUUUUUCGGAAACUUGUAGUGUUCUCAGUUCAUUGACAAUGGAUGACCCUGAACCUGUCAAGCCACUGGAUUUGAAGAAUAAUAUUAAUAUUUUGACGAAUAUCGAUGAAAAUGAUGAAACUGUUGUUUAUGACCAUGAAAAAGACGAGUCAUCUAAUUCUGAGGUCUCCGAAGGGGAAGAGGAUAUUUUGAAACAGUGCAUCAGUGCUGCUAUGCCUAGAAAGAUGCGUAGAAGCUCCUCUGACAACAUGAUAAAAAAGAAAAAUGGCUCAAAAUCUGAAUCGCCCAAUAAAUCAGACAAACAGAAGCAAAAAACUGCUAUGAGAAUGUCACACUCCGAAGAUUUCACCAAUAGUGCUGCUGCUGAUGAUGAUGUCAAGCUGUUUGCAAACGAAGGAUUACCACCACAGGCAAAUGUCAAAAAGGUGCCACCAAAACCACAACCAAAGCCUAAAAAUAAUUAUCAAUUAGGAAGUGAAAAUCAGGAUAGUUUAAAGAAGUACGCUGAUGAGAAUGUUCCUUAUAGUAAAAAUCAAGCAUCUGCUAAACAACAAAAUCGUCAGCCUCAAGGGGGAAGAGUUUUACAAGCACAGCAAACAAAUUCACAAGUAUUCUACAAGGUUGGACCGUCUGCUCAACCUCCACAAGGUGAUACUUUACGUGUUUAUGCAAAUGAAGGGGCACCACCGAUCCAAAAUGCAAACAAACCUAAAAACUUUCAGAAAAUUCAAAAUAUAUUGAGAGGAGAUGUCGACAUUUACGAUUCUUACGGAGACUCUGUUACAUCAUAUGCCACUGAAGGAACGCCGAUGAAUGGUUCAGCUGCAGUGUCACCAAGCGUGAAGAAGGCCAAUCCAUUCAAUUUUGAAGAUGUUGACGAAGUUGAAAUUCCGGAUGAUGAUAUGAUAAAGUCUUAUGCUGUAGAGGAUACUCCCUAUAAUAUGUCAAUGCCAACUUCUCCUAAGCAUGAGCAGUCAACAGAUAAAGCAAAACUAGAGGAGAAACAUAAAGAAAAAUUAAAACAGCUAGCUGAUCUUGAUAGACACGAAGGAGAAGAUGCUGUUACUACUUACGCCACUGAAGAUACUCCCAUUAGUUUUUCACAUGCAACUUCUCUAAGUGACCUGAGUGUAAUUACUACAAAUCUUUCUGUAGGGGACGAAAGCUUGAGUCCAAAACCUGAAAUUAAAGUGAAAAGUGAAAUCCAGAAUGAAAAUGAACAGGAUGAAAUAGAGCAAGAUAAUGCCGAUAAAACAUUAAAAGGGGAAGACAAUGAUACGGAGUCGGAAGGAAGUUCGUUUGACGAUGAUAGUGAUGACCUACUUUCUGAGAUUAUAAUGUCUGCUAUGCCGAAAGGGAAAGAAUUGGGUGAUAAAAAUACUCAGGCGAAAAAUUCUCAAAAAUAUGAUAAUGAUCGUAAGGCUGAAGGAUCAGAAACAAAAUCAAAUUCAAAAUCUUUUCAAAUGAUGGAAAAGCAAGCACAAAGUCAACCAGAAUCUCAUCCAAAGGCCUUCCAACCUCAGCGAACCUCAAGUCAUAUUAGUUCAAGUAUACAGAACAUGGAUGCAGAUCAGAUGUGUACGUAUGCAACUGAAGAUACACCCAAUAAUUUUUCAAGUGCUACUUCUAUGAGUGAUUUAACAAUUGAUUCAUCAGACAUACCUAUAAAUUACUCUCAUCCAGUACCAACUGGAUCAGCAACUUUCAAGGAGUCCCUAUCUAUCAGUAGGACAUUUCAAAAUUCAGUUGACGAUUCGGUCUUUAUUCAUAGCGAAUCUGCCGAUUCCGUUCGUGUUUAUAAUGUUGAAGAUACACCCCAGAGUUUCUCCUGCAGUGAUUCUCUAAGUUCACUUGGUAUUAUUGAUGAUGAUAAAGAUUCAACAUCAGAAAAACUGGCUAAACUUCUUGGAAGUUCAAAAACCUCUAAAAGUUCUGGGUCAUCCAUUUUACCAGAUCCUGACCUUCAACGUGAAGUUGAAGGUCAGUCAAGUGAUGAAACAAAGUCUACAAAAUCUGAGUCAGUAAAAAGUUUAGAAAUUGAAGAAUUAAACAAAACUAAUAUUGUUGAUGAGGAUGACGAUGAUGAUGAUGAUGAUGCAGAAUUCUCAGAACUUGACGAGGCUUUGCUUAAUGACUGUAUUACAUCUGCUUUACCGAAGAGUCGACCAAAAAGUGAAUUGGACAAAUCACAAAGUUCGUCAAGACGAAGUGUUCCUAAUUCUUCCUCUUUGAAAGAUAUUUCAUCACAUGUAAGGAAAGACAGACAUUCCAUCGAUUCUGGUCUUCCGUUUUCUGAAUAUCACGGCACGAUUGAAUCACAGGCAGAAGUUCACAGCAGAAUGUCGAGAAGUUGUUCUUCUGCUGAAGAUUUUGAAUACAUGAACCAUGGCCGAAGUCGACAUCAAACAUCUCAUGAAUCACGCUAUUCUUCAUGGCAAAAGACCGCCCAGGAUAAACCAUCGGAGUUCAUUUUUGCCAAACCAGCAGAUGUGAAAAGAGGUGCUUGGAAACGAUCAAGAUCACAAGACAAUGAAGGAAUAAAAGAAAGAAAAGAAUUUUCGAAUAUUGAAUUAACAAAAUCAGGACAAUAUCGUGGACAUACAAUGCAUUAUUCUGUAGAAGCAAUUCCAACUUAUCAGGAUAAUAACAACCAAACAAUUCAUGGAUACCAUAGCUUACCACGACGUAAGAAUGUCCGCUCUAAUGAACAGUUAUAUGACAAGAGAAUGAAUCGUAGCUUAGAAAAGUUCAAUCAGCAGUAUGAUAAUAUAACAGAUUAUGGACCCAUUGAUCAUCCAAAACAAGCAAGUUACGAAGAGGUCAACGAAAUUGCUCGAGAAAUUGCAGCACACCCUAUAAUUGGACUGGAUAAUUUUGGUUUUGAUUCUGGUGGCAGUAACGAGGAUGUAGCGUUGGAUAGCGCUGAUGUGACCUUGAAAGAUAAUGUUUGUAGUGCUAACGUAACAAUAACAAAUGAAGAUAUUCAAAGUGCAAUGCAAUUUGUCAUGCCUGAAGAUGGAAGUGAGGAUCCAGAGUGCUCCUUUGAGGAGGAAUUUACAACAGAAAAUGAAAGAAGUCUGUUGAACGAUGCCAGUCGUAUUGUGAUGGAAAUUCAACAUAAGCGUAUGAUUGGUAGUAGCAUGGAUGAAGAUAUGUUUAUUGAUAAUGAGACAAUGUCAUUAGUCUCUUGUGGAUAUACGUCAGACACUGCUUCAGAAAAGUCUGGAACUUGGUCUGUACAUUCCGAAAAAGUCAGUGACUUUUCAGGAUCAACUCCUACUGAAGAUUUUUCCAUUUCAAGUGGACCAAGAAUUGUGAAACCCAAUGAAAAACAACCAAUGACACCACAAAAAAGUGUGGACUCUGAUAAGUCUGUUAGAGGCCGUAGGAAGCCACUGUAUAGUCCAAGGACCCCACAUUUACAAAAACCUACACCAACUAAACAGGAAAUGAAUGCAAUCAAUGCAAAGCAGGUCAAUACAACAAAAGCUAUGGCCAGACCAGGCGGACCAGCAAGGUCCAGGUCUCAUCCUCAGGCUAGUAGCACACCAACUAAAGCACAAAUGAAACCUAAGAUUAUUCCAAAACCAAAUGGUACUACACCAGUUAGCCGACUGUCAGUUAAUGCAAAAAAUAGUCCAUCACGCUUACCUACAGCAACAACUCCGAAUCGUAAAGUCAUAGCCAAUAGUGCAGAAAAACCUAAACCUUUAGUAAAACAAGGAACAUUUACUAAGGAAUCGUCAUUUGAAAAUGCACCAAUUAUUGGGUCUUAUGAAGACAAUAGGAAAUUGGAAAAUGUGGACAAUGUAGAUAAUGGACAAUCUGUUUCGAGUAGCGGCAAAAAGCAAAAUAAGGAAAAUGCUGUGCCUAAUUCAUGGGUUAAAGCUUUAAAUUCUCAUAACUUUAUUAUGGACUCAACUGAAGAAAACUUGGAAACAAAUAAGACUGUUGCCAAAACAAUGAAAACUAUUAAAAGUAGUGGACCUAGUCAGACAACUAAAACACCAGUGAAAAACACUAAAAAUAAAGUUGUGAAUAGUGAUCUGAAGAAGACUCUUAGUGGCACACAGUUAAAUGUUACUAAAACUGGAAGUGGCAAUUCAUUGAAUAAAGUUGGCACAAACUUGAAUAAAUCAGGCAGUGGACAGAUGUUGAAUAAGUCUGGAAGCGGACAAAUGUUGAAUAAAUCAGGCAGCAAUGUUAACUUGAAUAAAUCGGGCAGUGGCAAUUAUCUAAAUAGAUCUGGACAAAAUUUGAAACAUACUGGAUCAAAUCCUAACCUGAAGAAAGUGUCGAGUAAAAGUGACUUGAAGAAAUCUGAUAGUAUUGCAAGUCUGAAAAAUAACUCUAGGCCUUCAACACCAGUGGGUAGAAAAAAUUCAAUCACUAACCCGCCUUCUAAUAAAAAAAGUGAAAGUCAGUUAAAUAAGUCUUCCUCAUUCUCUUCUGAAAAUCGUAGAUGUAGUGCUGGUGUUGUGGGCAAAAAACAAGUUGGAAGUAAAAUCGCUGGUUUAUGGAAAAAAGAAGACAGUUUCAAUGAAGGCACACCCAAAUCAAAUAAUUCAAAACUUCCAGUUUCUACAGUAUCUCCAUCGAGAUUACCUAGAGCAAAUUCAGGAAGUAAACUCCAGCCACCGAAAACUGAUACAUUGAGUGCCAAAAACAUUUCGAUUGAUGAAGAAUCAGAAAAUCAAAAGGAUGAAAUAAGUCGUAGUUCAACUUACGAUAAGUUAGUGACAGUGAAUCGUUGUAGUCAAUUACCAUGCCCAGAUAACGAGUCUGAUGAAGAAGUUGAUAAUGAGGUCAUGAAAUUGUCAGGAUUAUCACUUCAAGAUAAGGAUGACGAUGGACUGAAAUCUAGAUCCAAGGGAAAUAACUCUAAAAGUGUAGGAAGAAAAAGUUCGCAAAGUAGUAUUUCAUCAGAGAAAGAAUCUACAAGUUAUUCAAAAACAAGUGGUUCAAGUAGUAAAGAUAUUUCACCAGAUAAAAAUAAAUCUUUCGGAGACUUUGAUUUGAAGUCGUUGGAGAAACGAAUCGAUUCUGGAACAUGGAAGAAAAAGAAAUCUGACUUGGAUAAGAGUAGUGUUCAAGUUCCUGAUGCAGACGAAACAAGCAAAUCAUUGGAAGCUGUGAAACUGCUACUUGAGUCUUCAAUAGCAAAUGGGAGCAUAGCUGGUAGUGUUAUGAAUGAAAGUGUUUCUAGUCAAGCAAGUUCAACUAUGAGUUCCUGGAGGAGAAAUACAGAGGAAUCAUUUGCUAGUGUCGCCAGUGAUGACGAAGACUCAAUUUGGGUAAGACGAGAUGGAAAUACUUCUCGUUCAGAACCUGAGCUAAAUAAACAUUCACUAAGUCCAAAAAAGAAAUCAAAAGAGAAAAAGGAAGGUAGCAAAAGUUUUCUUCCAAAAGGACUGAAAAAUAUAUUCAGUAGGAAAAGUUCAGAAUCGAAAAAAUCGGGAUCAAAAACAUCGUUAUAUUCAUCACGUGAGAGUAUUCAUUCUAUUCACUCAGUUCAUUCAGUUCAUUCUGUGUCAGUAUGUGAAGUCCGGGAAAUUGAAAAAAUGAAUAAAAAGAAAGGAAAGAAGGAAAAAGAUAAUAAGAAAAGAAACAGUAGUGUAUGUUCCCUGGAUAAUGUAAAGACAAGUCCACAAUCAGCACUCGUGCCACCAUUUAAUUACAAGCCAUCUACUAUUGUUGUCAAAUCAGACACGGAAAGUAAAGUGGACUUGAACAAAAGUCGUAUAGAUGAUGACGAUGUGUUCUUAAAGCCAGCAGUGCCAGGAAAAAAAACUGCACCGACACCAACUUCCCAGCAUGCAACAAAAACAGAAAUGCUGAUGGCUCGUAGACGAGCUUCGUUUUUGAACAGUGUGAAAUCUGAAGGAAGUUCAGGUGACGAAAAGAAAAGUAAAAGUUGUAAAGUGACUACCGUGUAAGCUAUUACUCAUGAUAUAUUACAGUGUAAGAUACUUCUCAUGAUAUAUUACAGUGUAAGAUACUGCUCAUGAU